AUGACAAGGGGCAACGAAGAUUCACGGAGGAAGAGAAACAGACGCUUCCUCUACAUCGCUGCCGGGAUCAUAUUACAAACCAUAAUUAUAGUUCUGUUUGUGGUUUUCGUCAUGCGUAUCAAAACUCCCAAAGUCCGUUUAGAGUCGGUUGCUGUCGACUCACUCACCGCCAACUCUAGCCCGUCCUCUCCUUCCUUUAAGGUUCAAAUCAAUGCUUUGGUUACCGUCAAGAACAAAAACUUUGGGCACUACAAGUUCGAGGGCAGCAAGGUCACUUUCUCGUACAAAGGCACUGCGGUCGGGGAGGGCACUAUUGCCAAGUCUAAAGCCAAAGCUAAAAGGACAAAGAAGAUUAACAUGACGGUGUCGUUGAACUCGAACAAGGUUUCAAGCCACUCUCAGUUGAGUAGCGAUCUGAGUUCAGGGAAUUUGACGUUGACUGCCUACGCCAAGUUGGAUGGGAAGGUGCAUCUCUUCAAGGUCAUCAAGAAGAAGAAGUCUGCUAACUUGAACUGCACCGUACAUGUUGAUACUAAGGCCAAAGUUGUCCACGUUUUGACUUGCAAGUGA